GCUUGUGAAUGUCCUCUAGCGUCACGGCAGCCAUGUUCCGCCGGGCGGGGAAUCAAUCCCGGCGCCAUCUUAGUGUUUGUUACUCAGCAUUAUACAUAUACAGAACUAAACGAGGCGAGGAUCCUGCGUCCGGUGAGGUAGUGUAUACUUUGUGAUAUACUUUUCCGAGUGCCGGUGGUAUAUCACUUACGUAUACACUGCUUACACCGGACACACCCACCUCAGCUGCCCGGGACUAUUAAUUACAUUGGUUUGGGAACAUUGAAAAGCCAUAUAUUUGAGAUGAUGCCCUGCUUGUUUCAUGCAGAUAAAUCAUCACCCUCCUGCAAACAAUGCACAUCACCAAGUAAAAAAAAUGGCUUUCACAGACAAUCUGGUUCUACAGGAGAAGACACUUUGGAAUCGCCGCUCGCUGUCUUAAAAAAUGGCACACAUGUUCAUUUAUCUCCAUCUUCAGUAGCAGAGAGUGAAUGUAUUCAACACCAGCAGUGCCUCUUAGAGGGUGAAGAGCUCAUCCAGAAGCUGGAAAAGAAACCGGGCGACCUUGACUUAGUUUCAAAGUUUGUGCAAAAAAAUAAAGAAACCUUGUUCCCAUUGAAGACUAAUGGCAUAUACCUUCGAAUCUGUGAUCUGAACGGCACUAAUUACAUGGGCCAGAAGUAUAUGCUUGAAGGAUGGCAACAUUUAUACCUCGAACGUAGUACACAAAUGGAAAUCCUCGGAACUCUGGAGUGCUCCGGGAGCAUGGCCACCACCUUGCAGUGGAUCAUUCUUGUGGCAGAAGAUGGAAACAUCUACGCUUAUGAAGAUGAAGAGCUACAUGUAAUUGCCUCAAGUUUAAGAGAGUUGGUAGAAAAUGGCAUUCAGCUGGGCAAGUCACACCCCUAUCCACAUGAUGUCAGUGAUGAGGAAUCUUUCCAGGAAGAUGAAGACAUCCAGGUUAUCAAACGGAGAACAAAAGGUUUUGUUGAUAAACAUGCGGAUGACUUUGAUACCUUCCUCGAUUUUCUUAAAGCAUAAGCCUGCAUUCUUCAGUUAAAGUUAAUGAACAGGACUUUUCUAUGUUCUGUAGUUCUUUAACAUCCAGCUCAAGAAAUAAACUUGUUCAAAAAUAUGAGUGACUACAUUCAGCCAUUUUCUUGGCUGUCUGUGAUUUAUUGCGCAGCUCCAGCAAAAAACUGCAUAGGCUUGUGGGCAAAUGGAACAAAAAGCUGCAGUAACAGAGAUACUGUAUAUAGCAGAUCUUUAUUUGUCCUUCUGCUUAGAUCACUGCAGUUUUUUUUAGAGGGGUAAACUAAAAUGAUAUAUUUGUGCUUUACCGUCACAAAGUACGAACCCUAGGGGGAAAUCAUGAGUAAGUACUUAACGUAUGUAUGUAUGCACAUAGUCACGGAGGACCAUGCUAUAUAUGUGCAUAUAUUAAUGUGUGGGUGUACCUAUGCAUGUGCAAUUGGUUACCUUGUAAAUUUACAAUAUGGCCUAAAAUACACACUAUACAAUUAUCUGGCAGAUUAUCAUCCAGAUCUGGCUGGUUGGAAUGAAAAUCUGGUAAUGGAUGAGAACAAAUGACAAUCGACUAUUUGCUCCCAAACACUGCAAAACUGACAAAAACAGUCGUUCAUCCAAGUUGGUUAAAUUUGUGUUUAACCAAUUUGUAUGAACAGGUUUUGUUCGUUUUCCAAGUUUGGGAGCAAAUGGUAGAUUGUCAUUUGCUCUCAUCCAUUACCAAAUUUCAUUCCAACCAGCUAGAUCUGGCAGAUUAUCUGUCAGAUAAUUGUAUAGUGUGUACCUAGUAGAAUGCAACAGACUUUGGGAACUGAAAUAGGUUCCACUUAUAUGUCCAAAGUAAACAUCCACAAUAGAAACAAUACAUUUGGCUAAUAUUUUUUCCAAAAUUUUAGCAUUUUUUCAAUGAUCAAAUUAUUCUAAUAGGAGCAAUUUAACACUUAUUUAGUAUAAUUUUAUUAACAAAUCUACAUAUUUGUUAAUAUAAUUAUACUGAUUUGGGUUUAAAUGGCUAUUUACACAAUUUCAUAAAACAAAUUAAAAAAAUCAACAAUUUUGAGUACAUUUUUGGAAAACUAACAUGCACAUACAGGGGUGUAUUCAUUAAUUGUCGGAAGCUGCCAUCUUGUCGGAAAGACGGCAGCUUCCGACUUGUUUAGGUCGGAAGGGGUUCUGACCUAUUCAAUGCCGGCAUUUUUUUCCGACAAGUCGGGAAUUCCCAUUGGCUGUCGGAAGCACGGCCAAACCCAACAGGUUUUAGCCCCGUUUCCGACAAUGUCAAUCUGACUUUAAAGAAAGUCGGAUUUCCAUUGUCUGGAAUGGGCCAAACCUGUCUGGUUUAGCCCUGCAUUGAAUACGACCUGUCGGAUCCUUUCCAUUGGAAAGGAUCCGACAGGUAUUUUAUAUAUCCCACAGCCUCCGUACAUAAUGAGUUGCGGCACACACGGUGCAUGCGAAACACCAGCUCCAGUGAAACCGGGCCAAUGCAAAGCAUCUUUUGUUUUUUCCUGAAAAUGUGUCUUAUUCGCUAUGCUCAAAGUCCACUGUAUUGGACCUUAUACCAUUGAUUAGAUGCAAAAUGCACUUUAAUAACUUUUUUUUUUUUAUAUCCUAAAAAGCCAUCCAACAUGUAAAACCUUAUUUCCAGUUCUGAAUGCCUGAUUUACAUUAACUACCAAAAGGCAGACUGAAGCUGGAAUGAUAAAGCAAUGUAUAAAAGUAUAAAAAAGUCAAAACCAAUAAAUUGAUGGGUGAAAAAUUACUUUUAAGCCCAGUACCCACGGGCCGAUGCAUGAGAGAUGUGUGCUGAGCGAACCGCUCAGCACACAUCUCUCCCGCCGCUCAGCACAGCGCGAUCUGUGCUGAGCGUGCGGGGGAAGACGGGGUGCCGCUCAGUAAAACCCAGCAGGUGAAGUGAGCGACCCGCUAGAUUGGCCUGCAUGCAGGCCAAUCUAGCAGCAGCGAUAGCGAUGCGCGGGGCUGCGCAUCGCUAUCGCUGUAAGGGGUACUCACGGAGCGAUCAGGCUGAUAUUCUAAGCAAUCUAGUCAGAUUGCUUAGAAUAUCGCUCCGUGAGUACCCCCCUUAAGUUCCACAACUUGUGGAAUUGUCCAUAUAGAACAUCUGUGUGCAGAGGGGAAACAUGCAAGAUUGAACUCUUGUGCAUUUGUUUUCUGUAUAAAUAACCUAUUGGUAUAGUGUACAGGAAAUGUAAAAUAGUUAUUAGGAAAAUGGGGACCUUGUGUGACCAUCCCACCAUUGCUAACAAACACUUCAUAUUUAUACAUAUUUGCGUUUGUAGUACAUAUGAUGGAAGUCUGUAUUGAUAUAAAUGGAAUGAUUGGUGAAUAAAACUGAUAUGUGCACACAGUGAUGUGUAUGUGUAUAUAUAAUCUAUUUAACAAUCUUUGUUAAUGUUACAGUACUCCAUUAUACAAAAUCUGUAUUUCUUGUAAUUCAAUAAUUGCAUAUAUCAGAAGUGUUUUAAUUCAAUGUACAAAUUUUUAUUCUUGCCAUUAUUGUCUCUGAUAAUAAAAAUCUAUUUUGACA